AUGUUCACUGAAUCCCCAGUCUCUCAAACAGCUCCGGAGCAUGUUACAAACAGUAUGAUGAAAAUCAAAGAGAGUCGCCUCUUUGCUGAAAAUGAGGCGUUCAUCGAUGGAACUUGGAUUAGAAAAGAGCAUACAUUCAACGUAAACGAGCCGUCUACGGCUCAGGUCCUCGGGACCGUAGCUGACUGUGAUUUGGAUGACAUGAAAUCCGCAAUCGAGAGUGCCCAUGAGUUUCAAAAAAGUUACUUUCUUUCGACCACGGCUCCAGAGCGUGCUAACCUGCUCCGAAGGUGGCAUGACUUGGUCAUGGAGAACGUCGAGGACCUUGGAACUAUCUUGUGCCUGGAAAAUGGAAAAACAAUAAACGAGGCUAAAGCCGAAAUUACUUAUGCUGCGAGCUUCCUCGCUUGGUUUGCCGAAGAAGCAAAGCGAUCCUACGGUGACACUAUCCCAUCAUCAACGCCCAAUACCAUGGUAAUGACCGUGAAAGAGCCCAUUGGCGUCUGCGGAAUUAUCACACCAUGGAACUUCCCGGCCGCAAUGAUUACGCGGAAGGUAGCCCCUGCUCUGGCUGCUGGAUGUGUCGUGGUUAUUAAGCCUCCGAGUGAAACACCGUUUACGUGCCUUGCUCUCACAAAGUUGGCCAUCGAAGCUGGCAUACCGGCAAAGGCACUACAGAUUUGCCCUACAAAGAAUAGGGAGGUAGCCUCGGAGCUGGCGACGAACCCUCUCGUUCGCAAAAUCAGCUUUACCGGCUCUACAAAUGUCGGUAAAACUCUUGCUACGCUGGCCUCUCGCACGUUGAAGAAAGUGAGCUUAGAGCUGGGCGGAAACGCUCCAUUCAUUGUUUUUGAUGAUGCCGAUAUCGAUAUCGCCGUGGAGGGCGCAAUGGCAUCCAAGUUCAGAUGCUCAGGUCAGACGUGUGUGUGUGCCAAUCGGUUCUACGUUCAAAAGGGGGUUUUGGACGUUUUCACCCAGAAACUCGUGAAGAGAGUAUCAGAACUUCAGUUGGGACCUGGGAUGAACCACAGUUGUACACAAGGCCCGCUUAUUAACGCAUCCGCUGUUGAAAAGGUUAAGGAGCACAUCGAGGAUGCAGUUGGCAAAGGAGGCUGCAUUGAAAUCGGAGGUUUGGCCCCAAGCAGCCCUGGAUUCUUCAUGCAGCCUACUGUUCUCACCGGUGCAACGUCGGAAAUGCUUGUUGCACGUGAAGAGACCUUUGGGCCAUUUGCCCCAAUAUUCUCAUUCGAUACCGAAGAGGAAGUAAUCCGUCUGGCGAAUGAUACGGAAUUCGGCCUGGCGGGCUAUCUCUUCUCACGUAACGUCGGGCGUGCAAUGCGCGUGGCCCAGAGGCUUCAAAUUGGAAUGUGUGGGGUGAAUACGGGCAAAGUCAGUGCAGCCGAGUCACCCUUUGGCGGCGUCAAGGAGAGUGGUUAUGGGCUUGAGGGAAGUAAAUAUGGCAUGGCGGAGUAUCAAACUCUGAAAACAGUUACAUUGGGGAACCUUGACUUGUAA